AUGUCGCAACAGAAGCAAAAAUCACAGGAGUCCAAUCCGACCGCCAGGUGGCGCUUGGAAGGACCUCACCGAUCGGCCAUAGCCUCCUUUUUCGGGGAGUUUGUGGCCACUGCGGUGUUUGUUUUCGUGGCCUGCAUGGGCUGUGUGGAGACGCCUGUCUUCCAGAACUCUCACUUUCGAAGUGGCCUGACCUUUGGCCUGGCCAUUCUGAUAGCCAUCCAAUGUUUUGGCUCAGUUUCCGGUGCCCAUUUGAAUCCUGCCAUCACCCUGGCUGCCUGGCUUUACGGCGCGAUCGGUUGGAUGAAAGCUAUUGCCUAUUUUGUGGCCCAGGUUGCCGGAGCCUUGAUCGGUUAUGGAAUCCUGGUGGCUGUUUUGCCAGAGAGUUCGAUCAAGGGAGUGGACAACCCGGCGGGUGUUUGCGUAACAGUUCUGGCCCCGGAAAUCAGUGUGCUUCAGGGAGUCUUCAUCGAGUUCCUCAUCACCUGCUGCCUGGUUAUGGUGGCCUGUUCCGUCUGGGAUCCCCGAAACGUCAAGUUCCAGGACUCUGUGCCCGUGAGAUUUGGUCUCACCGUUUCCUGUCUGAUCCUCACAGCGGGUCUUUUUACGGGUGCCAGCAUGAAUCCUACGAGAUCCUUGGGUCCCGCCGUUUGGAACAACUCCUGGGCCCACCAUUGGAUCUACUGGGUGGGUCCUUUAGUGGCAGGAGCUGUCACCUCACUGAUCUACAAAAUGGCAUUCAAGGGCGAUGAAGUGAUCGAUCUGAGAAACUCCGAUGCCAAGAUACGCAUGAUCGGGGAGGUUAUAGUGCAAUAA